AAGAAAUAAAACGACAAGAGAAAGACUGGAGGAGGAACAGGUGUGGGUUAAGGAAGCAGGGCUUUAAAAGCAGAAGUGUUUAGGUCACAGGUCUCACUUUAGGGAGAACUGUGUUUGGCACACAACCACAUCAACAAAAAGCCAACACACAGGUAGACCUUGACACUUUGGGAAUAUGGCUUCCAGCACCUCCAGUAACCCUCUGUCCAGUGGCACCAGUGUGUUCACCACUGUUCCAGACCUCUUCUUCAUCCCUGAGUUUAUAUUCGGAGGUCUGGUGUGGACUCUGGUGGCCUCCACAAAAGUGCUGAUUGCGAACCCUCAGGGCUGGGUGAUGUUUGUCUCUGUGUUCUGCUUCAUCUUCACUACCCUGUGGUUCUUCAUCUUCAUCAGUGGAGCCAAUAAGAGCAGCAUCUGGCCUACACUGGAUGUUGUCUAUCAUUCCCUUGCAGCCUUCUUCUACCUCAGUGCAGCAGUGGUACAGGCCUACAUCACCAUUAGUCUGAAAUCAGUUACCAGUACUUUCUUCAAAGAAUACCAAUUGGAUAUUGCUGCAGUGGUGAUGUGUUAUGUGGUGACUCUGCUCUACGCCCUCCAUGCCAUCUUCUCUACGAUGAGAUGGAAGAGUUCCUCAUGAAGACCAGCAUCCACAAGACAACAGACAAUGGGGCAACAGACAUUAGAGAAGGCUUUGAUAUGACAUAAAUUGUAAUCUAUACAUAUUCAAAUAUUUUUCUAUAUUAUUUUCUUCCUGCAAAAACCAUAAACCAAUUUGGAGUGAAAUGGAUGUACAAUAUAAAUAAAAAGAUAAAUAAAUAUAUUUUAUAUUUAACCAAGUGCC